UCUUUUUCUUCUACUUCUUGUUGUUCAUCGGGCCACAGUCAUAAGCCCUCCCCUUCGACCUGGUGGGAGGAAGACGAUCCACCGUGGAUGGAUCGAGUAUAUAAGAACGCUUGAUUCGACCUGGAUCCGUACAGACCAAUUAUCGCUAUCGUUUCGCGAUACAUCACCUCUCGUCAGUCUAGUGUUCGAAUACGUUAACCCUACAGGACUCCACUUCGCAAAAAAUUUCAAGGAUUAGCAAGGAUCUGUCUGGCAGCGACAUGAGACCGCAGCUCGCCGUGACGUUACUUGCCCUGGCAAGUGCGUGUUACGCAGCACGUUUGGAGAACACGUAUCUUCCACCUGGUAGCGCAGGAACUGCAGGUGGAGCGGGAUUUAUCUCAACGCCGAAUAGGGGUGGUCCUGGUAGACCAGGACCUGGUGGCCCUGGUAUCGGAGGGGGUAAUUACCAUGGUGGUGGUGGCCAAGGAGGUGGUGGAAUCAGACCAGGUGGUGGCCAAGGAGGCGGUGGAAGAGGACCUGGAGGUGGAGGAGAUAUUCCAAUCAUCUCAUUCAAUAACGAGAACAGUGGGGAUGGCAAUUAUCAAUUCAGCUAUGAAACAGGAAAUGGUAUUAGUGCGCAAGAAACGGGUCAAUUGCAAGGAGAGACUGAAGCUGUGAGUGGUUCAUUCUCUUACACUGGACCUGACGGUGUUCAAUAUUCGAUCACUUAUACUGCCGACGAAGAAGGAUUCCAUCCACAGGGUGCCCAUCUUCCAACACCUCCUCCUAUCCCACCGGAAAUUCAGCGAGGUGUUGAACUUUCGCUUGCUGCUGAAGCAAGAGGAGAAAAUCAAGAUGGUGGUGCUGGCGGUGGCGGUGGCGGUGGCUAUGGUGAAAUACUCACAAAAUUUGUCUUCCAUGAUUUAACAGGAGGUCGUGGAGGUGGUGGUGGACGUGGUGGAGGUGGAGGUUCCUAUCAAGGACCAAAUUCUUAUCAAACGAGUGCAGGUGGGGGCGGUGGAUACCAAUAUUAAACAUCACAUUCGC